GAAAAAAAUCCCACUUGUAGUGUCUCUAUCGUUUGACACACACAAAAAUAUCACAAUUUGCAAUUCGGACAAUGUAUCGGAUGUUUGAAUAUUUCCCUUUUAAUAUGUUCUCUAAGAAGAAAAAAGGAAACGAGAUCAGAACAAGUAUGGAACCAGCCAUAAUUGUUCACGGUGGAGCAGUUAGAUUUCCUGGCAAGAAAGCGGAGAUGGCAUUAGCGGGCACAAGAAACGCUGCAAUGAAAGGGUACGAAGUUCUAUUGAAAGAUAAGUCAGCGCUAGAAGCAGUGGAAGCGGCUAUUUGUGAGUUGGAGAAUGAUCCAACUUUUGAUGCAGGAACUGGCUCUCCUCUGACGUCGGAAGGUGAUAUUGAGAUGGACGCAGUUAUCAUGGAUGGAAGAACCUUAGAAUCAGGGGCUGUUGCAGCUGUGAAAAAUGUGAAAAAUCCAAUAGGCUUAGCAAGAAAAGUAAUGGAAAACACAGAUCACUGUCUUCUUGUGGGAAUAGGAGCGAAUAUGUUUGCUGACGAGGAAAAAAUACCACGUAUUUCAACAGAAGAACUUACCACGGAAGAAAAUAAACGAAAAUUGGAAAAGUUCAAAGGCUCCUACGGAAAAGCCGCACAGAAUGAUUUUAGCACCAGGGGCCAUGAUACUGUUGGGGCCGUAGCCAUUGACAAUAAUGGUAACAUUGCAUUUGGAACGUCAACUGGUGGAAUAACCAACAAGAGGCCUGGCAGAGUGGGAGAUAGCCCGUUAGUUGGUAUAGGUGGUUAUGCUGACAAUAAUGUUGCUGGUAUCUCCUGCACCGGUCAUGGGGAGUCAAUAACGAGAGUGGCGUUAGCACAUGAUAUCAUCUCAUUAAUGAAAUACAAGGACAUGACACUAAAGGACGCUGCAGAUGAAGCUCUAGGCACAAUGAGUAAGAAACUUGCCAAAGCUAAGAAUAAUUUCUCGGCCGGUAUCAUAGGCAUUGGAAAGGAUGGUAUUCCGGUGUUCUCUUUUAGAACUGAACAAAUGGCGUGGGCCUGGGCUAAAGAUGGGAAGCUACAUAAUGGUGUCAAUCCCAGAGAUAAUGUUGCAUACUCUAUAAAGGUUGAAGGGAAUAAGACAACUCUAACAAAGGAUUAGUGAAUUACAGUAAAACAUUGACGGAUGGGUGUGUACUGAGAAUAAUCAGAAGAUAGUAAAUAGUUAUAAACAAUAUUUUGUGACAA